AUGGUGGCCCGCCUAGAACUUCGACAGGAUCAGGAAAAGGCCAUACGUGGCGAUGGAGUGCCGAGGCUCCUUGAAGACCGUGAUAGUCGCGCAGCCCUUAUCCGAGGCGUUCGUCUGCACUACCACUUGGCCAUGAGUGAACCCGUCAAACGCCUCAGCUCUUCAAUGCCUCUGGUCGCUCGAGCCCGCAACGCUCGCCGCAUCAUGAGCAACGACAUACCGGAGCGGAUGACAGCAGAGGAGCAGCCAUACUGUAUAUGGCAUCCCGACAUGGCCACCGAGGACACCUACCGCUCACUAGCCUCUAGAUUCCCCGACAUGCGCUAUCAGGUUGGCCGUGCGUGUGCUGCAGCAGGUUACCACGCCCUCUACCAGGAGCUUGAUCUCCUGCCUGAGGUGUCCAUCGCUGAAGAGGCGCGAGAAAGCGAGACAGAUGGCGGGAAACUCAUCUAUGACGAGAUCAUGAGUUUCAAGUAUCGCUAUGCCAUCAUGGACGACUGCAAACGCACCGUUAAACUGAUGGACUAUGUAUGCCCGGCGUAUCUGAACGGUAAUACCGAAGUGCGAUGGCGCUUGACAGCUCGACAAGGCAUUACACGCCACUUCACCGACGAUCUCCUUCCAUGCAUCGAAGAGGACAUGCAUCUUGGCCUAGAGGACCAGGAAGUAGAUGAAAGGCAUGGUACCCUGGCCGACGACGAGGCGAAGCUGCUCUAUAACCCUCUGCCUCGCGAUCUGCCGACAGUGAAAAAGACUUUGUUGACACAGAUGGCCGCCCACGACGGCAACAUUGAACGCUAUGCCCAGCUCGCCAACUCUGGGAGGACAUUAACGCAACUAGACCAAGAUUGCGUCAUCCGUGGUAUCUUACAUCACACUAUGUAUGCUCGCUGGUGGGCGGACCAGAUCAAGAACGACACCAUCUAUGCUAGGUCUUCCCCAUACGUGUGGGAUGUUCAGCGAGCCAUAAUGGCACGUCGAAUCAUGCUCAACGACGCUUCCGCAUUUGAAGAAGGCUGGCCACCAGGAGUCCCGAAGCCCUACAUCAUCUGGUGGCCCCUACAACCGCAGCCAGAUAUGCUUGGUCUUCUUGCCAUGAAGGUGCCUGAGAUGAAGAGGCAGUGCGCGGCGGCAGCGAUUGUCUGCGAUUACGAGAAUGUCUACAAGAGCCUUGACCCAGAGCCGAGCUGGCACCUAUGGAAGGUCGCCAGUGAGUUCGCUGCCAACCCGUUCUAUCGUGAGGAUCAGGAGAGGCGAGGGAGGGAGAAAGAUGUCGAUGUGGAGGAUGACGCUUUUUUGGAAUCAUACUACAGUGAGUUAAUGCAGACGAGGGAGUGUACGGUACUUGAAGAGGGUGGUGAAAAGAUUGCAGACAGUGUCGAGAAACACGAGGUACGGACUAACAUGUAUGGCCCCGUGGAAGUUCUUAAUACGAGCGCCGUCCAGCUCAGGAUCUGGGAAGGCAUUGGAAAGGUAUCGCCGAUAUCUUGA